AUGGAGAAAAAGAAAAAUAAAAAGGUGUUUUUAAAAGUGGUCAUUAUCGGCGACUCUGGUGUGGGCAAGACCUCUCUGAUCCACAGAUACACCUCAACUAGGUUCUUACAGGAUUUCAAGCCCACUAUCGGAGCAGAGUUUUCGAAUAAAGAAGUUGUGAUCAAUGGGAAGACAGUCGUCGCACAAAUCUGGGACACAGCAGGCCAAGAAAGAUACCAAUCUCUAGGUAUUUCCUUCUACAGAGGAGCUGAUUGCUGCGGAAUCGUGUUUGACAGAAGUGAUCAUUCCAGUUUUGAGAACCUUGACACAUGGAAAAAUGCUUUCCUCAAGCACGGAGCUCCUAAAGAAGAAGGCACCUUCCCAUUCUUGGUUAUUGGAAAUAAAUCUGACCUUGAUGAUGGGAGCCUUGUUAAAGAAAGAGAUGCACAACAAUGGUGAGCAGAUAACGGAAAUCUCGAAUAUAUUGAAACAAGCGCUAAGGACAAUACUUCUGUAGAAGAGGCAUUCACUAAGCUGAUUGAAAAAGGUAUGGAAAGAGAGAAGGUAAACCUCGUCGAACUUCCAGAUAGAAUGUCACAAAAGAAUAAGACUGUAAAUCUCCAGAGAGAUGUAGCAAAGGAUGUAAAUAGGAAGCCACAGAAGAAAAAAUGCUGUUAGACGGUUGAUAAAGAUUAUCCCA